AUGGAGUUCAAACAGGACGACGAGGAUUUUAUCAAAGAAUUAUUGGGACACGCAGGGUUGGGCGACCUGAAUGGGAAUAUGGGGGAUUCUUUCGGUGGGUCUAUGACCACAACUGAGGGUGGUGGGUAUUACGGCAACCAGCUGGGUAUGGGAAGCUCUUUUGGAGAGGAUAUUCCGUUGCAAGACACGCGGGGCGAAAGAAAUUCGAUAUCUCACUUGAGAAACGUCAUACGGCGUAGCAGCGACCAUGGGCAAUCUAUUGACGAAAACUUGACGCAUACGUCCACCCAGCGAUUUGCCCAACCGCCGGAUUAUCUUAUGGAAAGUCUCUUAUUCCAGCACGAUCCGUAUCAAAGAGACACGUUGAAUGACGACCAGUUGUCGAGUUUCACCGACGACGUUUCUUCCUCUUUCGGGUCGAGCGUAGCGACCAACGACUUCAUGUCCCCGCGGUCGUCAUCAUUCCAGCCGCGGGAAUCAGUGGAUUUGGCGUCGUAUUCCCAGUUUUUGUCAUCUAGUCUACGGUCUCCACCGAAUAAUCUGCGACAGGGAACAUUUACACCAUCUUCAAUGCGGAACCAGCAUGCUUCGCAAUCAGCGGUUGGCAGCCCAGCUGUUCAAAUACCUCAUUCGGUAGAUUCCGCCGGUUUUGCGGCACAACCACUUUCUCAAGACGAAAGAAUUCGUCGUCGUCGCGAAUUUCACAAGGCUGUGGAGAGAAGACGACGAGAGCUCAUCAAACAAAAGGUCAAGGAACUUAGCCAAAUUGUUCCUCCAAGCCUUCUCAACUACGAUGAAAAGGGUAAAGAAGUCAAACCGAACAAAGGUGUCAUAUUGGCGCGGUCAGCAGACUAUCUUCAGUAUCUCCAGCAAGUGCUAGAGGUGCAGAACCGGAAACGACAGCUUCUUUUGCAGAAAAUACGAAGUCUAGAGACGAUUGCACAACGCCAAAAUCACCAGACGCCCUCUUUACAAGCAGGGGCCACCGGCACUAGUAACACGGCAGCAGCUGCUCAUAUCGCUACCGGGAGUAGCGUUUCUCCGGAACAGAUCAUCGAUGCCAGAGUGGCCUCGUACAUGGGCGACAACUCAUCGUCGACGCCGUCGACUACAAUACAAGAUGAUCUCCAGCAGUUUUUAUCGGGUGACUUGAUCGAAGCAGAAGACAAUGCCAAACUAAUGUUUGGAGGAGAAGGCGAAGGAACGGCAGCGGAUUUCCUGCUGAAUUUUGGCAAAUAA